AUUACAGCCAAAACGUGGUAUCCGGUCAUAAAAUUGGCGUAAUUUUCUGGUUUGGCUUUACAUUUUCGCUCUAUGAAAAGUCCACGAUGGGAAAAGAGCCUUAAAUUGACUUCAGAGUUUGUCAAGCGAUGAGAGGACCAUGAACUCUUUUUAUGUUUCAUCUUAACUUGACGGUAACUUGUCUCUCUUUCAUUUUCCUCAACAUUGUUCUUCGUUUGUGACUCAUUUUACAGGGAAGUAUCCAGAUAGAAUGUCGUAUCAGUUCUCGCCAGCGACUCAUGGCCUGCCGAGCCUUGCGCAAUAUCUACCCCCGGGCUGCAAAUUUCUGAGCUGCCACGAUGCACAAAACGUCCUAAGAAGUUGUUCGACUUGGAGACUUCCCAACGGAACUCUGGUUGCUCCGCUGGGCGGGGAGCUUUACCAAGUUGUGGAAGUUCCCGCUAACUGCGAUGAGCGCUGCUCUUAUCACGAGGUACGGUGUGGGUUUUUUUUGGUCAUUUUACAUGUUAGUUUCAAGAGUGCGGUAACGAAUUGACACAUUUCACGCGCAGAGCUCCACUUGAAAAGGCAACGAAGGCAAAACGGAAGACAUUUCAUGUUCAAUACACGUAGUUUUACAAUCUUUCUUCUGCUCAUCUGGGGUUUAAUUCGAAGCUAAUCAAACAAAAGGGUAAAAUUUUAUUUCUCUCGAUCAAAAUUCGUCGUCUCAGUUGGAAAAUAUGGAAGCGAGUUAAAUUUUGAUUCGGAGAAAAUUGCUCUUUAUGAUUUCUUCCGCAACGGUAAAAUUUCCAACAAGCUAAAUGCAAUAUUUUGUUAUUUUCACAACCACGAGGGCGUAGCCUCGCAGCAUGAUGUUAAGCACUUUUUUGUUUCGUGCGGUUUCCUAAAGAACAACUUCUCUUGUCGAUCUGAACUUGGUAUUUAAUAGUUCACCGUUAAAAAUUCAUAGAGCUGGUCAUAAAUUUGUUUUCGUUUUCGACAGAAGCCUCUAAAAAUUCAUGUUCAACAUAAAACAUAACUUAAACACUUGAAGUAAAAUUCCGUGUGCAAAGAUUUGAUGUUAUUCUCCCUCAAGCGAAUGUAACGCAUUUCCAUCGCCAAGAGAAAUAUUUUAUUUUAAAAAGCAAGGAAUAAUGCUAAUUUCUGCUUACAAAAACUACUUUUUAAAAUACUUUUAAAAAGAAAUCGACGCGGUGAAAUAAAAUAUUGAAUUACUCUUCCCCAAAACAGAAACCCUGUUGUUUUUGAACUGGCACCUGUUUCAGUCGAUUUAACUACAAAAUGUUUCUCCCACAACGGACUUUGAACGGCAAAUAAUAUUACAGUUUCUUCAAAUUUCCAGCUUACUUGAGGGACAUAAAAUAGCGAUGUGAUAUUAUUAGGAAUUAAGCGAACCGUCUUAGAAACUUAGCCCUUGGGUCAGAAAUAAUGAGAACUUAAUUUCCACGACCAGUAAUUAAAACUUAACUUUCGCCAAGCCAACAUAAACAGAAUUAAAAUUCUGAUAGGCAAAGACAAUGACAGUUUGUUCGUCUGAAAGGAAACGCAAUUUUAAGAUUAGAAUUUAAAUGUGUAGUCUCGACUGUUUAUAAAAUUGUAGUAACGCCUCGAAAGAGCUUCUUAACGACUGCCUCAGAGAAUGCAAAAACAAACUUAAACCCAAAAAUAAACGUCAAAACUAUUCUCUUAACGCUGAGUAAAACAUGUGAAAAAGAAAAAAAGAGAAAAAAAAUUUUCGCUAAUUUGAAUCUUGAAGGAUAUCGACAGUUUCCGUUUACAAGUGGAUCGAUUGACAAAACCCGACGACACGUACAUAACACAUAAAAAUAAUUAAAUUUGUUCAAUAUAAUAUCGACAAAUAAGGCAAGGAUUUCUUGCAGCUGCACGGAUUCGCACACUCGUUUUCUUUUCCUCUUUUUCUCUCUCUUUAUUUAUGUUAUCCGCUCCACACGUAGAAAACAAAACUUUUUAGCCCUGAAUAGGAGUCCAGUAUGGUUCGAUAUGGCUUUUCACAAAAGGCGCAAUUUUCCGUGAAAUUAAAUUAUCGCUACAAAACAAUUGGACAAGUAUAAAAGUGUGAGAAUGUCUUUGUGCAGUUUUUCUCAAGGAAAUUAACAAAGUGUUCCUAUGAUGAAAAGUGCAUUUUUACGUACUACGAAUAAUUUUCCAGAUUAGUCUUUCCCUUUCUUUAGAUGAAGCAUAAAAUAUUGUUUAUCUUAGGCUGCUUUUCCAGAAAAAAAGUGACUUAGAAACGAUCGAGGGAAUAUAAUAACCAAGUAAUAAAAAAAUAUACUGAAUAAUAAAGACAGAAAUAAAAUAUUUAAAAUAAAAUAUCCAAAAAAAUUCCAAUUCUAUCUCGUCUGAGUUAUUUUGAUAAACGAUACACUGAGAAAACACUUGGAACAGCGUUUCAAUUAUAAAAGAGUGUUUUUGAUAUUCAGUGUGCAUGCACACAAACUUUGAGGAGGACUUUUAAAGGCCUUAGUCUGCGACGCUGAUACCAUCGAUACACCAUUUUAAAAAGACUCAGUCAACAUGAACAGGUAAACGAUAUUUUCUCUAAAAAUAUAUAUAUGUUAAAACUAACAUGUUUUUUUUAAUGUUUUUUUUUUCUUCCUCUAGCCCCGAGGGACACCGGCUUUGUUGUCUGAAAAUUCGCCACUGCUUCGUAAUGAAUGGUUCCGUUUUCGACACUUGUCUGAACACGAAAGCUCCUCCUGUUACUCCGACGGGCUCAAGAGGUUGCCUCUUUUUUACACAGGUAAGAUGCUUUGAUUUUCUAUCUUCAUAUCUACCCUUUCCAAAAGAAAGCUAUCGUUAAAAAAAAAGGAAAAAAAAUCCAGCACAUACAACUAGAAAGUCUUAAAAUAGUGCUAUUUUCGUCAAAAGACAAAACACGUUUUUAUAUUAGCUGGUUUCAACAAUACGACAAGCUUACAAAUGAUAACUUCUAGCCAAAUUCUUUGAAUUUCAUGUCUCAUUUCUUUUGCAAUAUAACACAAAAGUUGAAAUGGCAAGUCUCUUCUGGAUGCGACUCAUAUCACUUUAAGACACAAUUGCUUCGAUAUCUCAGUGAUUUACAGAUACACCAUGAUUUUCUAGUAAUUUCUUCAUAUUGACAACGGAAGGAAUCGUCUUUGACUCCUUCCUUUCAGUCCCUUCAUUUUGGUUUCAAUAUAUCAAGGAACUUUAAAUUAUACAUAGUUCAAACCAGUAGUGCUCUCUCUUUUUAUUCAACGAUCACAAUUAUCCUCUGUCGAACUUGGUCAUUUGAAAUCGUUAUUGAAAAGUUGAAGUUUUGUUGAAGUAAAUUUUCUAUCUGAAGUGAAGUUUGAAGUUUUACACAGAAUUAAAACGAUGCUCUGAUAUGGAUCAGUAAAUAUUGCGAUCAUUUAUAAGUAUUUUCAGAUUUUUCCUUCAACUUCGCAUUUUGAUUUAUAACAAGGAACCUUUGAAAAGCUUAAGUCAAAAUUAAACCUUAUAGUGCCUUCAUAAAGCUUUCAAAUAUUUCGCCACUUUAAGCUUGCUUUUUUCAUGCAGGAAAUGAUCACUUUGUGAGAUAAAAUUCUUCUAAAAAAGCGUCAGCAAUUCUCAAAACUGGCUAUAACUAACCGCUAAUUUAUAAUUAGGGAUGAAUUUUGUAACAGUGGAGUACCUUUAGAAAAUCCUAUACCAUACACGUUUGGCAAAACACCAGGAUAAUAUUCAGACCGUAGGUUUUGUCGUUUGUAAAUGCUUGUAAAUGUUCAUGUCUUGUGUUUGCCUUUGCAUACCUCGUAUCAAAGUUUUGAUAAGAGACCGGUUGUUGACAGAGCGUUAAUUUCCCCGUAAACACGUUUUUCCCAAAAAUCGAUACACACGCAAGCAAAUUCUCACACCGCGCGAAAAUGAGAACUUCUGAAACAUUCGCUGAGAAACUGCUAUUUUUUAUUUCACACACAAAUGCAAAGACGGCUUUCUUUUCUUAAUUUAAAAUCUACACACGCCGGUCUUUGUUUUCAACUAAAGAACCAGGUGUCAGAUAGAAAAGAAACGCAAACAACUUUACCAAUGAUCUGUAUGUUUUCUACAAAAAAUUAAUUUCACCACGACUUUUAAAAAUACCACGAGAGACUUCAAGUGCAAAAACGGACUAAAUAGUUGGUUUCAAAGUUUCUUUUUGACUACUCGAAGUUAGCUUAUUAAAUCAAUAUUUAUCUCUCUUCGCUUGGGGAACACGGAUUUCUCUCAACACAAAGCAAUUAGUUGAAUUUCAAAGCGGAAAGCAAUGUCGUUAAAAAUUGGAUUCUUCCUGUAAUUCCCAUCAGGAAAUUAAUAUCAAACAUCGAUUCCAACUGCAAAUCACUGUCAAUAACAAAAUCAUUAAAUUUGAGUUAACGUUGAUACAAUACGUUUAUUCAUGUGCCAAGCGAGAGAUGAUGUGCUCAAAAUUUGUUUGUCAGAGUCCCGCCGCGAAUUUUCAUUGCGCUAUUAAUAGUACGAAGUUAUCCCAGUGGCUCAUUAAGACUUUUCUCUGCUCACCUUCCAGAUGGCCGCCGCUGCAACUGUCAACUUUGCGCCACGACGAUGUAUCCCGACAGGCUUUACGAGCAUCACCUGUCACAGAUGAAACCGCAUGACGUGGUGUGCGGACUCAGAGAGGAAAGAUUUUCUCCUUUGGUAAACAAGCAGAGUAAUGAAUCCCCGGACAAUCCAGCAGCCUACCCGUUUACCCUUGCGCUCCCGCAGUCUUCCACAUCACUGACGUCGUCACAAGAGGAACAACGAAGACAGAAACAGAAGCGAUUUCAGUGUAUGCAUUGCGAGAAAUCUUUUGGAAAAUCUUCACACCUGCGUGAUCACAUCAGAACUCACACCGGGGAUCGCCCGUUUCGCUGUCAGUUUUGCAACAAAGCUUUCACCCAGUACUCGAACUUGCGCACGCACACGCGAAUUCACACGGGCGAAAAGCCAUUCAAGUGUCACCACUGUAACAAAAGCUUUACACAAGCUGUCACGCUAAGAAGUCACACAAGGACUCACACGGGUGACAGGCCUUAUCACUGUAAGAGGUGCAGCAAAUCGUUCGCCUGUUUUUCCGGUUUGAAAGGACAUCACAGGGUUCAUUCGGAUACGGAGCAAGAUGAACUGGAAAUUUAAUAAAACGCAAACGACUAAAAGAGAAUCACAAAAUUGUCAACAUGACUUGUAAACCACGCCUGAUAUACUAAGUAUAAAAACAGAAUUUUCGCCAAUAGUCGUGUUCAACUUCAUAUCCAUCCUGACCGAAAGGAAAAACUGCACAAGGAAAGUUACUCCAAGAUAACUUACCCGUUUUACAAUCGGUCCGGUAGAUCCUUCUGCAAAUGACAAUCGAAAAUGAAAAUUUACCUCUAAGAAAACUUUUCAUGAAAGAUUGAAAAACCCAGUUUAAAAAAGUGUGAAGGUCUUCAGUCAACGCACUGAGCUCAUAUAAUUGCAAAAAAUAACCGUCUGGAUAAUGUUCAUAUUUACGUAAUGUAUGUUGACUAUACCAGUCACACAAAUGCAGUACUUAAUA